GUUCAAUUUGAGAUAUUCCAAUGUUCAGGUCAUUCAGGCUAGCUAGCUACAUCACAACUGUGCAAGAGCCAAGACACUAACGAAAUAAGCCGCCGGUGAACGGCGAGAAAGUAUCUACAAGUUUUAACCUUUUUGUAUUUGAGUAAUUUGAUUUAACUGGUGGAAAAUUAAGACAAUUUAAGGUUAGAAGAUGGCUGUGAACGUUUACUCUACAUCUGUGACCGGCGACAACCUUAGUCGCCAUGAUAUGCUUUCUUGGAUCAACGAGUCUGUACAGAUGAACUACUCCAAGAUUGAGCAGUUGUGCUCAGGUGCUGCUUACUGUCAGUUCAUGGACAUGCUUUUCCCUGGAUGCAUACCAUUGAAGAAGGUUAAAUUCCAGGCCAAACUAGAGACUGAGUUCCUCCACAACUUCAAACUUCUACAGACCAGUUUUAAGAAGAUGGGGGUUGACAAGAUCAUUCCUGUUGAUAAAUUGAUAAAAGGCAAGUUCCAGGACAACUUUGAGUUUGUGCAGUGGUUCAAGAAAUUAUUUGAAGCCAACUACGAUGGGAAGGAUUAUGACCCGGUCAGUGCUCGCCAAGGCCAGGACACUGCUCCUACGCCCAACCCAGGGCAGGUCGCACCCAAGCCCAGGAAGCCCAGCACUGUACAGCCCCACAGCUCCCCACCUGUUAUCAAACCAGCUGCGAGAGUCGCUCCCAUGAGGUCUACAACAACUGUGACCAAACCCCCGCCCAAGUCAGCAGGGAGUGCCUUGCGUAGGCCCGGAGCAGCAGGGGACGUGGAGAGGGAGGAGCUAUCCCAGGAGGUCAGUUCCCUGAAAGCUACUGUCCAGGACAUGGAGAAAGAGAGAGACUUUUAUUUUGGAAAGCUGAGGUCCAUUGAGGUCAUCUGCCAAGAAGUGGAUGGAGAGGCAGAUACAACUAUGCAGAAGAUUAUGGAUGUUCUAUAUGCAACUGAUGAGGGGUUUGUUAUUCCUGAUUCCGAUGCUGAAGGAGAAGAACCAGAAGAGUUCUGAUGAAAAAUGGACACAACUCUAGUCCAUGCCACAAUCUCUCACACACACACACACACACACACACACACACACACACAGAGGUUAGUGAUCACACGUUUGCAUGUGCAAUGUACAUGCAUACGCACUCGUGUGCUCUAAUGAACAUGCACUUACUCACACAUACUGCCACUGUGGAUUAAGUUGCCUUUGGAUCAUACACUGGCUGCCCCCUUGGUCCAAGUCUUUGUUGGUCCAAGUGUUCUUUGGACCAUAAUACAUUUCAGAGAGCCUGCUGAUCCAGCCACCAGAGAAGAACCCUAGAUGAAAUUCUAAUAGGGCCAUUCCUUUCUGGUUUCUUUUCUGCCUUGUUCUUAUUCUGGCCUCUGCUGUGCCUUUCAACUUUGGCCUGUUACUUUUGAAAUAUGUUCAGGUCUUUCUAUUCCUUAUUUCCAAUUGACCUAAACAAAUCUGUACUAGGUCAUUUUGAUAUAUUUGCAAAUAUGAUUAAUUAUUAAAAAUAUAUGAAUAUGUUUACUCUGCCAAUGGAAAUUAUUGUAAUUUUUAUGGUAUGUUUACGCAUAUUCAUUAUAUACUUGAGUUCAAAUUUGUGGUUUAGGCGAUCAGCAUUUGUAUUUCGUUUCCUGUUUAUCUGGGGAGGUAUUCAUCACAUUACUUUUUUUGAAGUAAAAACAGUAAUGUUUUAUUGAUAACCUUUAAAUAAAAUACUGUACUUUUUACUUAAAUGCUAAA